AUGGAACCCUCAAGUGAUGCACCCUCUUCCCAAGCAACACCUAUUGGCACAGCUGAACCUGUUGCCCAAGCUGUACCUACUGCCACUCCAACUAAUGCUGAGGUUCCCCCACUUCCACAUAAAUCUGAUAGUAAGGGGCAUGGUACUGCUAAUUUAUUGAAUCAUAUGCCAAUUUGUGUUAAAAACCCUAAUAGAAAGACACUUAAAGGGCAACAAACCUUAGCGUUUGAACCCAAAAUGGAUGGGGAGGAAGGGUUUCAGCUUGUACCGACAACCUUUACUGUUGAGGCUUCUAGAAAGGCACUUGCUGAAAUGGAUAUAAUAGAUGAGUUGCCUUUUAGGUUUGUUGAAGGGUAUGGGUUUCAAAGAUAUGCGACGACCUUACAACCUAAGUUGCGAAUUAGGGAUAUCCCAUCUCGUCAAACUGUGGCUAGGGAUGUGAUUGGCAUUUAUGGUGUUGAGAGAGAGAAACUAAGGGGGGCCUUGAAGGGUCGUAGGGUGUGUCUUACGACGGACACAUGGACGAGUAUUCAAAAUCUGUGUUAUAUGUCCCUUACAGGUCAUUUUAUUGAUGAUGAUUGGAAGUUGCAUAAGAGAAUUUUAAAUUUUUGUCAAGUUGAAGACCAUAAGGGGGAGACUGUAGGUAGAAAGAUUGAGUUGUGUUUGCGUGAGUGGGGUAUUACUGGCAUAUUCACUUUAACAGUGGAAAAUGCUAGCUCAAAUGGUGCCACCAUUAAGUUUUUGGAAAAUGUAACUAAAGAUUGGGAGGGGACUAUUUUAGAACAUGAGUUCUUACACAUGAGGUAUUGUGCACAUAUCCUAAAUCUGAUUGUGGGGGAUGGUAUGAAAGAAAUUGAUGCAUCCAUUGCAAAGGUGCAUGAAGCUGUGAGGUAUGUGAAGUCCUCACCAAAUAGGAAUCAAACUUUUGUGGGUUUUGUGGAGAGAUUAGGUAUUGAGUCUAAGUCUCUUCUUUGUCUAGAUGUACCAACUAGGUGGAACUCUACCUACCUCAUGUUAGAAACUGCACAAAAAUUUGAGAAAGUGUUCAUACGAAUGGACUUUGAGGAUGAUAGUUAUUCUUCAUACUUUAUGAACAAGGAGAAUAGUGGUGGUUCUUUGUAUGUUACUGCAAACACCUUUUUUGAUGAGAUGUUUGUCAUUCAAGAGAAUAUUUCCCAUUUAAGUAAAUCACAAAAUCACCUCUUGAAAAAUAUGGCAACUAAAAUGGAAUCUAAGUUUGAUAAGUAUUGGGGAAAAGGGGAUAAAAUGAAUCAUCUCUUGUAUGUGGCUGUGAUUCUUGAUCCAAGAAAGAAGUUGAGGUUUUUGAAUUUUUGUUUUUCUGAAAUUUAUGGGAAUGAAGUGGCUGAUGUGAUGGUUGAAUUGGUGAGGGAUGCCUUGGUGAAGUUGUAA